AUUCUCUCCUUGUCGACUAACCAGUUAUGGCAGUGACAUGUGGAAUUUUUUUGUAACCUCGCCCUGGGGGCACCAUUCUGUCUGUGCCUGUGCACCAUGUUGCCUCGUUCCCCCGCUCUCAUUCCCUCUCUGUGAGUCUGAACAAACUGGGGACGAGCUGUAGUUUAUUUGCUGUCCAUGGCCUACUGUCCUGCUGGAUAUGGCUCCUACACUGUUGUUAUCAUCCCGCUCAGGACCAGCCUCAACAGCCUGGAUGCUCUGCGUUUCUACCUAUGGAUUAAGCGUCUGAAGGAUCUGGAGCGGGAGAAGGACGCUCUGUGGUCGGGUCUGCAGAUUCUGGAGAAGGCUCGUCUGUGGUACCACCAGCAGCUGGAGCAGAAUAGAACCCUGCAGGACAACAUUGAAGCCAAAACUGGACCCCUGGGCCAGUUACGUGCAGUCAAGACAUGGUCCUGUCUGCUGAGGUCUCAGAUCCAGAGGGUGAACGGUUCUUUGGGCUGCGUUAUGACUGAACCCAAUGUCACCAGCAGCAGCGACCCCUCCCUGCCUGAAGCCGUGACAGACAGCGACCUCCGUUGGCACAACACAGUACUGACUAAGGAGGUGAGUGAAAGGAAUGAUCAGAUCUCCGCGUUAGAAAUGGAAAAAGAGGCUCUGCUUGAACUGAUCCAUGAACUUCAGACCCACUGAUUGCCAAAUAACGUACACAUGUACACACACACAUCAACAAGUGUUGGACUGUAAACUUUAUUUUGUGCAGAGGGUGACUUUGACUUGUAAAUAUGUGUAAAAAAUAUGCAGCAUUUGUGGGUACAAUCUGUACAAUUUGUGGAAACAGUUUUGCUAAGAAAAAAUCUACAAUGUGUCAGAAUUUAGCAAGGAAAACUUUUGAAGUAGACCUUUUAUAAUAUAAAUUCUAUAUUAAAGUAAUAUUAGCUGUGA